AUGACUUCUCUUGGAUUCAUACAGUAGAUACAGUCAGCUAGAUAGAGUCAAUCCAUCCUUCUCAGCCUAAUGGAGAAAGGCCAAAGUAUUUUCUCUCGGGAUUCAGGAUCACGACCUCAGCAGGCCUGUAGAGACAACAAAUUUACAGACCAUUCAUAUCCUACGGGCAAGAUCCAGGUCAUCGGAGACAUUUUCCAGUUCACGGUCGAUGUGAGUGAAUUUUCUCCAGAGGAUGUUGUCAUCACAUUCUUCAACAACCACAUAGAGGUACAUGCCGAGAAGCUGGGAGAAGAUGGCGCAGUCACAAACACUUUUUCCCACAAAUGCAAACUACCAUCAAAUGUGGACCCCGUAUCUGUGACCAUGGCACUUCAGAGCGAUGGGGCCCUGACUGUUACAGCUCACAGAGACCUUAGUGUGAUUAAUUAA